GCAUUCAAGCGCUAGGAUUGGCCCAUGCUGAAGAGUGUUGAGGAUUUUGACCAAAGGUUGUUUUGACCAGUCUACGGUUUGGGUUUUGACCAUAGACUGUAUAUAUUUAUAGUAUAUGGUUUUGACCAGCCGCGAAGCUUUUUUCGCCAUCAUCCCAUCUGGCCAAUAGUCAAGAAACAAAAACGGUAAAUUAACAAUAAAUUAACUAGUUUCCCAUCCAUCUAACUCUUCCACUAUGUUUUCGUUAGUAAAGCCAGAUAUUAACCAAAAGUUAUCACUUAGCAGUGUGGCAAUUUAACGUUAGAUAGCGAAAGUAGACACUUAUUUAUAUACUGUCUAUAGUUAUUAGGCACCCACUCGUGAAUGCGCACUUCCGCCGUGACGCACACAUUCCGCGACAGUCCAGCUGAAGGAAUCAUGGCGGCUCCUAAUGAGAAGAAGCGUGGUCUUGAACAUUUGGACGAAUAUGAACCAAAACCAGCCAAACAUCUCCGCAGCCUGCACGACCGUAUGGCAGAGAGGAGACUGGUUGUUAUUCUGGAGGGAGCAUCGUUAGAAACAGUGAAGGUCGGAAAAACCUUUGAGCUGUUAAACUGUGACCAACACAAAAAUAUGAUCGUCAAAAGUGGAAGGAAUCCGGGACAUAUAAGACCAGACAUCACACAUCAAUGUCUGCUCAUGUUGAUGGACAGUCCACUGAACAGGGCAGGCCUUUUGCAGGUUUACAUCCACACAGAGAAAAAUGCCUUAAUAGAGAUCAACCCACAGACCCGCAUCCCAAGAACCUUCACUCGCUUCUGUGGCCUUAUGGUUCAGCUGCUGCACAAGCUGAGUGUCAGGGCUGCUGAUGGUCCUCAGAAGCUUCUGAGGAUGAUUAAAAACCCAGUGUCUGACCACCUGCCUCCAGGCUGCCCCCGCAUAUCCACCUCCUUCUCUGCUACUGGAGAGGCUGUCUGUCCUCGGUCUUUGGUGCCAGAGGGACCAGCUGCAGUGGUGGUUGGAGCAUUUGCACAUGGAGCGGUGAAUGUGGACUACACAGAGAAGACGGUGUCCAUCAGUAACUACCCCCUCUCUGCGGCACUGACCUGUGCCAAGAUGUGCUCUGCUUUCGAGGAAGUGUGGGGUGUCGUGUGACAGUCAAUAAACUACUGCUGUACACCUGGCAGAGACAGAAGAGUACAUGGACUUUUUUUAAUGGACUAGGAUGUCCAUUUCACCAGUGAUGCUGUGUGGACUACAGACAUGUAUCCCGUUAUACACUGUAUGUGUAUACUUGUAUGAUGGUGUUUGGCCACCAUGUGGAAUCUACAUAGGUUUCUGUACCCAGUGUUUCCUUUUCAUGUAGAAGCAUGGCUUUUUUUAUACAAUUUAUCAAUUGCACCAAUUACUGAGUUUUGGAUUAUGAAUCAGUACAGUUACAUUAAAAUAUUUGACUAAA